UAUGAUUGAGUUUUAACUAUAUGAGCGGAGAGAGAAUGAAAGAUCCAAAUUUGUAAGCUUGCUUCACCGGGCACGAUCUCUAGCCAACUGUGCUGUCACUUGGAAGACUUGAACUGUACAAGCAUUCUCAUUAAAAGAAAAUUUGCAGGAAAAAGGAAGCUAACGAUUGAAAACAUGGCCAUGCCUAUUUGGGGAAAAAAAGAUACUAUCAUUGACGUUACACAAGCCAGGGAGCCUAACUGGGACCCCAAGUGUUGCAUCUAUAGGGUCCCCCAAAGACUUCGUAAUGUAAAUAAAAAUGCCUACACUCCAAAGUUAAUUUCAAUAGGCCCUGUUCAUCGCAACAAUGGCGAACUAAAGGACAUGCAAAUGUGGAAAGAAAGUUAUUUAAAGGAGUUCUUUUCUCGGAUUAGCAAAGCCCAGAAGGAGUUUGCAUGCAUCAUUGAAAAAAAUGAAGAUGAGAUCCGCCGUUGUUAUGCAGUAGAGAUUUCUCUACCGGAAAAGAAAGAUUUCGUGAGAAUGAUUCUAUUGGAUUCCAUCUUUAUCAUUGAGCUCUUCUUGAGGAAUGAGGAUCAAAAAUAUGGAAAGGAUUAUAUUUUAAGUAAACAAUGCCUGAAGGAUGGCAUAAUGCAAGACUUGAUAUUACUUGAGAAUCAGCUUCCAUUUUUUAUUCUCGACCGCUUAUAUGAUCAAAGUGGGAUUACAGGCUGUCAUAAAUGCUUUCUUACGCUUGCCUGUAAAUACUUUUUUGAUCGCAAGAAAUUGCCCACUGACAAGGAAUUAUCCACUGAUGAGAUGAAAGGCGUAAAACAUUUCACUGAUUUGUACAGACAAUUCUACCAUCCACCCAAACAUGGAAUUAUUGGAGAUCAAAAUACUGAUCAGCAACCACAUAGUGCAACAAAGCUGGACAACGCAGGACUGAAGUUAGAGAAGUGGGAACCUAAUGAUCAGAAGCAGAAGAAAUAUUCAUUAGAAGAAAAAAGAUGUUUACUAGACAUACAAUUCAAGCCUAGCUCGGCCUGUUGUCCACGUAUCAAUUGCCCAUGGCCCACAGUUUGCUUGAAAAAAUUUCCAAGCUUAAAGCAUUUUCAAAUUCGCUUGGUAAUCCCAGAGUUUGUGGUACAUGACCGAAUUGAAGAAAUUUUCCGAAACCUCAUGGCCCUAGAGCAGUGUCAUUAUCCAGAUGAAGCUUACAUAUGCAAUUAUAUCGAACUAUUGGAUUUUCUUAUCAACAGGGAGGAAGACGUGGAGUUGCUUGUUGACAAAAAGAUUAUUGUUAACUCAUUGGGCAGCAACCGUGCAGUUGCCAAAAUGAUUAACAACCUUUGCCGUGAAAUUGUGGGAACAAAAUCCUAUUACAGUGAAGUCACUGAAAAACUUGAUAAGUACUACAAUAGCAGUUGGAACAAAAAUAUGGCAUCCUUGAGAAAUGUAUAUUUCCGGGAUAUUUGGAGAAGCACGGCAACUGUUGUUGGGUUCGUGGUCGUGCUCGUCACUAUCUUGAAUUUCCUUAGGCCUUUUGUGUUCACGAAUACCUAACUUUCUUUUCAUUGUGAUAUUUUAGUAUGUAUUGGAAGUUUGGCAUUGCUAGUAGUUGUAUUCGAAAUCCAGCUUGUUAUAUCCUCUCCUUUUCUAAAACAUAUGAAGCAUAUUUGUAUCCUCUGUUCCCUAAUAAAAGAGUGACAUCCAUUUCCGUUUCAAUUUAUAAAACACCAUGUUGUAUUAUUA